GGGGCCGGAAGUGGCGCCGCCAAAGGCUUCCGCCACGGGCAGGUGAAGCAGCGGAGCCAGAGCGGCGGCGCGGGAGGCGGCCGGGUCUCCGCGGCUGCUGCGGCGGAGCUUCGGGAAGCUGCCGAGGCGGGCAUGAGGCGGCGGACGACGCGGCCCGGGCCGGCCGGCUGAUCACUUGAGUUCUUCAGUUUCCUCCUAAAUAUUCACUCAACCUUCAGAAGUAAAAAAAAAAAAAAAAAUGGCAUUUGUUUCGACCCAGGGGCCCACGGUGGUCGACCAGACCACCUUAAUGAAAAAGUAUCUCCAGUUUGUGGCGGCUCUCACUGACGCUAACACACCCGAUGAAACGAAGCUGAAGAUGAUGCAAGAAGUCAGUGAAAACUUUGAGAAUGUGACCUCAUCUCCUCAAUAUUCCACAUUCCUGGAACACAUAAUCCCUCGCUUCCUGACGUUUCUCCAAGAUGGGGACGUCCAGUUCCUGCAGGAGAAACCUGCCCAGCAACUGAGAAAAUUAGUUUUGGAGAUAAUCCAUAGAAUACCAACCAAUGAACAUCUACGCCCGCACACCAAAAAUAUCUUAUCUGUGAUGUUUAGAUUCCUAGAGACUGAAAAUGAAGAAAAUGUACUUAUUUGCUUGAGAAUAAUUAUUGAGCUUCACAAACAGUUCCGGCCGCCCAUCACACAAGAGAUUCAUCACUUCUUGGAUUUUGUGAAACAGAUAUACAAGGAGCUACCCAAAGUAGUGAAUCGGUACUUUGAGAAUCCUCAAGUUGUUCCUGAGAACACCAUUCCCACCCCAGACAUGGUGGGCUUGAUCACGACGAUUGUAGUGAAAGUAAAUCCGGAGAGAGACGACAGUGAAACCAGAUCGCAUGCGGUCAUUCCUCGUGGCUCCCUUUCCUUGAAAGUUUUAGCAGAACUUCCUAUAAUCGUUGUCCUCAUGUACCAGCUCUAUAAACUGAAUAUUCACAACGUGGUUGCUGAAUUUGUGCCCUUGAUCAUGAAUACUAUAAUUAUUCAGGUGUCCAACCAAGCCAGGCAGAAUAAAAACUACAAUAAAGAAUUGUACGCCGACUUCAUUGCCGCCCAGAUCAAAACAUUGUCAUUCCUGGCUUAUAUCAUCAGGAUUUAUCAGGAGCUGGUGGCGAAGUACUCUCAACAAAUGGUCAAGGGAAUGUUGCAGCUGCUGUCCAACUGUCCAGCAGAAACGGCUCACCUGAGAAAGGAACUGCUCAUCGCGGCCAAACAUAUCCUCACCACAGACCUGAGGAGCCAGUUUAUCCCGUGCAUGGACAAAUUGUUUGACGAGUCCAUACUCAUUGGUUCUGGCUACACGGCCCGUGAAACACUCAGGCCCCUUGCGUACAGCACCCUGGCUGAUCUGGUUCACCACGUCCGCCAGCAUUUACCUCUCAACGAUCUCUCCUUGGCUGUCCAGCUCUUUGCCAAGAACAUUGACGAUGAAUCGUUACCCAGCAGUAUCCAGACUAUGUCAUGCAAACUUUUGCUCAACCUGGUGGAUUGUAUUCGCUCCAAGAGCGAGCAGGAGAAUGGAAACGGCAGGGAUAUUCUCAUGAGGAUGUUGGAGGUUUUUGUCUUGAAAUUUCACACCAUCGCCCGCUACCAGCUUUCCAUCAUCUUUAAAAAGUGCAAGCCACAGUCAGAGCUGGGGGCAGGAGAAGCUGCUUUAACCGGGGCGCCAGCAGGGGGAAACGCGCUUCCGGUCACGGUUCCUUCCCCUGCGCCCACCACCACCCCGGUGGUCCCGGCCUCAGGGCCCGUCUUUGAGAAGCAAGGGGAGAAGGAGAAGGAGGAUAAGCAGACCUUUCAAGUCACGGAUUGUCGAAGUUUGGUGAAGACCUUAGUUUGCGGGGUCAAGACGAUCACCUGGGGCAUCACGUCUUGCAAAGCUCCUGGCGAAGCCCAGUUCAUUCCCAAUAAGCAGCUUCAACCGAAAGAGACCCAGAUUUAUAUAAAAUUGGUCAAAUACGCCAUGCAGGCUUUGGAUAUUUAUCAGGUCCAAAUAGCUGGGAACGGGCAGACGUACAUUCGGGUGGCCAACUGCCAGACGGUCCGAAUGAAGGAGGAGAAAGAGGUCCUGGAACACUUUGCUGGGGUCUUCACCAUGAUGAACCCUUUGACUUUCAAAGAAAUCUUCCAGACGUCUGUCCCUUACAUGGUGGAAAGGAUCUCCAAAAACUAUGCCCUCCAGGUAAUCGUUGCCAAUUCUUUCUUGGCCAACCCUACGACCUCAGCUUUAUUUGCCACCAUCCUGGUAGAGUAUCUGUUGGACCGUUUGCCUGAAAUGGGUUCCAACGUGGAGCUGUCCAACCUGUAUCUCAAACUCUUCAAGUUGGUCUUUGGUUCGGUUUCGCUCUUCGCAGCGGAAAACGAGCAGAUGUUGAAGCCCCACCUCCAUAAAAUAGUCAACAGCUCCAUGGAGCUCGCGCAGACGGCGAAAGAACCCUACAAUUACUUCCUGCUGCUGAGAGCCCUUUUCCGGUCGAUCGGCGGAGGUAGCCAUGACCUCCUGUAUCAGGAAUUCUUGCCCUUGCUGCCUAACCUACUACAAGGUCUCAACAUGCUCCAGAGCGGUUUGCACAAGCAGCACAUGAAAGAUUUGUUUGUGGAGCUGUGCCUGACCGUCCCGGUGCGUCUCAGCUCCCUCCUCCCCUACCUGCCGAUGCUGAUGGACCCUUUGGUGUCAGCCUUAAACGGCUCUCAGACCCUGGUCAGCCAAGGCCUGCGCACUCUGGAGCUCUGCGUGGAUAAUCUGCAGCCAGACUUCCUCUACGAUCACAUCCAACCUGUCCGAGCUGAACUCAUGCAGGCUCUGUGGCGGACUCUGCGUAACCCUGCGGAGACCAUUUCUCACGUGGCUUAUCGGGUGCUGGGCAAGUUCGGCGGAAGCAACAGGAAAAUGCUGAAGGACUCUCAGAAGUUGCACUACGUGGUGACCGAGAUCCAAGGGCCUAGCAUUACGGCGGAGUUCUCUGACUGUAAAGCAUCCAUUCAGCUCCCCAUGGAGAAGGCCAUUGAGACUGCCUUAGACUGCUUGAAGAGCGCCAACACGGAGCCUUACUAUCGGAGGCAAGCGUGGGAGGUCAUCAAGUGUUUCCUGGUGGCCAUGAUGAGCCUAGAUGACAACAAGCAUGCUUUGUACCAGCUUCUGGCACAUCCCAACUUUACCGAGAAGUCCAUUCCCAACGUGAUUAUUUCGCAUCGGUACAAGGCUCAAGACACACCUGCUCGGAAGACCUUUGAACAGGCCCUGACCGGGGCCUUCAUGUCCGCGGUGAUCAAGGACCUGCGACCCAGCGCUCUGCCUUUCGUGGCCAGCCUGAUCCGCCAUUACACCAUGGUGGCAGUGGCUCAGCAAUGCGGCCCUUUCUUACUUCAGUGUUAUCAGGUGGGAAGUCAGCCCAGCACUUCCAUGUUUCACAGCGAGGAAAAUGGAUCGAGAGGCAUGGAUCCCUUGGUGCUGAUCGACGCCAUCGCCAUCUGCAUGGCUUACGAGGAGAAGGAGCUCUGCAAAAUCGGCGAGGUGGCGUUGGCGGUGAUCUUCGACGUGGCCAGCAUCAUUUUGGGAUCCAAGGAACGGGCCUGCCAGCUGCCCUUGUUCUCCUACAUCGUGGAACGCCUCUGUGCUUGUUGCUACGAGCAAGCUUGGUAUGCCAAGCUCGGCGGGGUGGUGUCCAUCAAGUUCCUGAUGGAGCGGCUCCCUCUUAUUUGGGUCCUCCAGAACCAGCAGACAUUCCUCAAGGCUUUGCUGUUCGUCAUGAUGGACCUGACGGGAGAGGUCUCCAACGGGGCCGUGGCGAUGGCCAAGACCACUUUGGAGCAGCUCUUAAUCCGAUGCGCGACCUUGUUGAAAGAAGAGGAGAAGACGGACGAAAUCCUCACCGCCCAGGAGAAGUCCUUCCACCACGUGACCCACGACCUGGUACGAGAAGUGACCUCGCCAAACUCCACCGUGAGGAAGCAGGCUAUGCAUUCCCUCCAGGUGGUGGCCCAGGUCACGGGGAAGAGCGUCACGGCCAUCAUGGAGCCCCAUAAAGAGGUACUCCAGGAUAUGGUUCCUCCCAAAAAGCAUUUGCUCCGACAUCAGCCGGCAAACGCCCAGAUCGGUUUGAUGGAAGGGAACACAUUUUGCACUACUCUACAACCUCGGCUUUUCACCAUGGACCUCAACGUGGUAGAGCACAAAGUAUUUUAUACAGAGCUGCUGAAUCUGUGUGAGGCUGAAGAUUGUGCCUUAAUGAAAUUGCCCUGUUAUAAGAGUCUGCCAUCUUUGGUGCCCCUUCGAAUUGCAGCGCUGAACGCCUUGGCUGCCUGCAACUACUUGCCCCAGUCUCGAGAGAAGAUCAUCGGCGCUCUCUUCAAAGCCCUCAAUUCGACCAACAAUGAGCUUCAGGAAGCUGGCGAGGCCUGCAUGAGGAAGUUUUUGGAAGGCGCAACCAUCGAAGUGGACCAGAUUCACACCCACAUGAGACCGCUGCUGAUGAUGCUGGGAGACUAUCGGAGCCUCACCCUCAAUGUGGUGAACAGGCUGACGUCGGUGACGAGGCUCUUCCCCAACUCUUUUAACGACAAAUUUUGUGACCAGAUGAUGCAACACUUGCGUAAAUGGAUGGAGGUGGUGGUCCUUACCCAUAAAGGAGGGCAGAGGAGCGAUGGAAAUGACAGUAUUGCAGAAUGCAGGAAAGGUUCCUUGUCUCCCUUCGGUCAGUUUGAGGAAAUGAAGAUUUGCUCAGCCAUUAUAAACCUGUUUCAUCUGAUCCCAGCUGCUCCACAGACGCUGGUCAAACCUCUGCUGGAAGUGGUGAUGAAAACAGAACGGGCCAUGUUGAUUGAGGCUGGCAGCCCCUUCCGAGAACCACUGAUAAAGUUUCUGACCCGCCAUCCAUCCCAGACCGUUGAGCUCUUUAUGAUGGAAGCGACCUUAAAUGAUCCACAGUGGAGCAGGAUGUUCAUGAGUUUUUUAAAACACAAAGACGCCAAGCCUUUACGGGAUGUCCUGGCAGCAAAUCCCAACCGUUUCAUCACGUUGCUCUUACCUGGAGGGACCCAGACAGCGGUUCGGCCCGGUUCCCCCAGCGCCAGCACCAUGCGGCUGGACCUCCAGUUUCAAGCUAUUAAGAUCAUCAGUAUCAUUGUUAAGAAUGAUGAAUGCUGGCUGGCAAACCAGCAUUCCUUGGUGAGCCAGCUGAGGCGAGCCUGGGUCAGUGACGCGUUCCAAGAGAGGCACCGGAAGGAGAACAUGGCGGCCACCAACUGGAAGGAGCCCAAACUUCUGGCCUACUGCUUGUUGAAUUAUUGCAAGAGAAAUUACAACGACAUCGAGCUGCUGUUCCAGCUUCUCCGUGCCUUCACGGGCCGGUUCCUCUGCAACUUGACCUUCUUGAAGGAGUACAUGGAGGAAGACAUCCCCAAAAACUACACCAUUGCCCAAAAGCGGGCGCUGUUUUUCCGCUUCGUCGACUUCAGCGACCUCAAUUUCGGCGAUGAGCUGAAGGCCAAGGUUCUGCAGUACAUUCUGAAUCCUGCUUUCCUGUACAGCUUUGAGAAGGGGGAAGGGGAGCAACUUCUGGGCCCCCCCAAUCCUGAAGGCGAUAACCCUGAGAGUAUCACCAGCGUGUUCAUAACAAAGGUUCUGGACCCAGAAAAGCAAGCCGACAUGUUGGAUUCGCUCAGGAUUUACCUCCUCCAGUUCGCCACCUUGCUGGUCGAACACGCCCCACACCACAUUCACGACAACAACAAGAACCGGAACAGCAAACUCCGCCGCCUGAUGACCUUCGCUUGGCCCUGCUUGCUCUCCAAAGCCUGCGUGGACCCGGCCUGCAAAUACAGCGGGCACCUGCUCCUUGCUCACAUCAUUGCCAAGUUCGCCAUUCACAAAAAGAUUGUCUUACAGGUGUUCCACAGUCUCUUGAAGGCCCACGCCAUGGAGGCUCGGAUCAUUGUCAGACAAGCCAUGGCUAUCUUGACCCCUGCGGUACCUGCUCGCAUGGAGGAUGGCCACCAGAUGUUGACCCACUGGACCAGGAAGAUCAUCGUGGAAGAAGGCCACACCGUGCCUCAGCUGGUCCAUAUCUUGCACUUGAUCGUUCAGCACUUCAAGGUUUACUACCCGGUGAGACACCACUUAGUACAGCACAUGGUGAGCGCCAUGCAGAGGUUGGGCUUCACCCCCAGCGUGACCAUUGAGCAGAGGAAGCUGGCUGUGGACCUGGCCGAAGUGAUCAUCAAGUGGGAACUGCAGCGAAUCAAAGAUCAGCAGCCGGAUUCAGACAUGGACCCAGGGGCCAGUGGCGAGGGCAUGAGUACCGCUUCAUCUGGGGUGAAAAGGGGACUGUCGGUGGAUUCCGGUCAGGAAGUGAAGCGGUUCCGAACGGCGACUGGGGCCAUCAGUGCAGUGUUCGGAAGGAGCCAGUCGCUUUCCGGAGCCGAUGCUCUUUUCUCCAAGUCUAUUGAUAAGCAACACACCGACACGGUGAUCAAUUUCCUGAUUAGAAUUGCCUGCCAGGUAAAUGACAACUCAAACACCGCCGGCUCUCCAGGAGAAGUGCUCUCCCGCCGCUGCGUUAACCUUCUGAAGACGGCUUCCCGACCGGACAUGUGGCCGAAGUCGGAGCUGAAACUGCAGUGGUUUGAUAAGCUUCUAAUGACCGUGGAGCAGCCCAACCAAGCCAACUUUGCCAACAUCUGCACCGGAUUGGAAGUUCUCAGCUUUCUGCUCACCGUACUCCAGUCUUCGGUGAUCUUGAGUAGCUUCAAGCCGCUUCAGCGAGGAAUCGCUUCUUGCAUGACGUGCGGGAACACCAAAGUUCUGCGAGCCGUCCACACGCUCCUUUCCCGCUUGAUGAACAACUUCCCUACAGAACCAAGUACUUCAAGCGUGGCCUCCAAAUACGAAGAGCUGGAGUGUCUCUAUGCUGCUGUUGGGAAGGUUAUUUAUGAAGGACUUACCAACUAUGAAAAAGCGGCCAGCGCAAACCCUUCUCAGCUUUUCGGUACUUUAAUGAUCCUGAAGUCUGCCUGCAGCAACAAUCCCAGCUAUAUCGACAGGCUGAUUUCAGUCUUCAUGAGGUCCCUCCAGAAGAUGGUGAGAGAGCAUUUGAACCAGCAGGCUCAAGCAGGAACAGUGGAAGCCAAUACAGCUGGUACCAGCGAGUUGGUGAUGCUGAGUUUGGACUUGGUGAAGACCCGCCUGGCUAUGAUGAGCAUGGAGAUGAGGAAGAACUUCAUUCAGGGCAUUCUGACCUCGCUGAUUGAAAAAUCGAGCGACGCCAAAAUCCUGCGGGCCGUGGUCAAAAUUGUGGAAGAGUGGGUCAAAAACAGCUCCUCCAUGGCGGCUAACCAGAUUCCGACGCUGCGCGAGAAGUCCAUUCUGCUGGUGAAAAUGAUGACCUACAUUGAAAAACGUUUUCCAGAGGACCUUGAGUUAAACGCUCAGUUCUUAGACCUUGUUAACUACGUCUAUAGGGAUGAAAACCUUUCGGGGAGUGAACUGACCGCUAAACUCGAGCCGGCCUUCCUCUCUGGCCUCCGAUGCACCCAGCCUCUCAUCAGGGCCAAGUUUUUUGAGGUCUUUGACAAUUCCAUGAAACGGCGGGUCUACGAGAGACUGCUGUACAUCACUUGUUCCCAAAACUGGGAAGCCAUGGGGAACCACUUCUGGAUCAAGCAGUGCAUCGAGCUCCUGUUGGCGGUUUGUGAAAGGAACACAACCAUUGGGACUAGCUGUCAAGGAGCCACGCUUCCCUCCAUCACAAACGUGAUCAAUCUGGCGGAUAGCCACGACCGGGCGGCGUUUGCCAUGGUCACCCACGUCAAGCAAGAACCUCGUGAACGAGAAAACAGUGAAUCCAAAGAAGAGGAUGUCGAGAUAGACAUUGAGCUGGCUCCCGGAGAUCAGACGAGCACCCCGAAAACCAAAGAACUGUCCGAAAAGGACAUUGGGAACCAGUUGCACAUGUUAACCAACCGGCACGACAAAUUCCUGGACUCUCUGCGCGAGGUGAAGACGGGAGCCCUGCUAAGUGCCUUCGUUCAGCUUUGUCACAUUUCCACCCCUUUGGCUGAAAAAACUUGGAUCCAGCUGUUUUCCAGAUUGUGGAAAAUCCUUUCAGACAGACAGCAACAUGCUCUGGCUGGAGAAAUCAGCCCUUUCUUGUGCAGCGGCAGCCACCAGGUGCAGCGCGACUGCCAGCCGAGCGCCUUGAACUGCUUCGUGGAAGCCAUGUCCCAGUGCGUGCCCCCCAUCCCCAUCAGGCCCUGCGUGCUGAAGUACCUGGGCAAGACCCACAAUCUCUGGUUCCGCUCCACCCUGAUGCUGGAGCACCAGGCCUUCGAGAAGGGGCUCAGCCUGCAGAUCAAACCGAAACAGACUACGGAGUUCUACGAGCAGGAGAGCAUCACUCUGCCCCAACAGGAAAUCCUGGACUCGCUGGCAGAAUUGUAUUGCCUGCUGCAAGAAGAGGACAUGUGGGCUGGACUGUGGCAGAAACGGUGCAAAUUUCCCGAGACGGCCACCGCCAUUGCUUACGAACAGCACGGCUUCUUCGAGCAGGCUCAGGAAACCUACGAAAAAGCGAUGGAGAAAGCGAAGAAGGAACAUGAAAGGAACAACGCUUCUCCAGCUGUUUUCCCAGAAUAUCAGCUCUGGGAAGACCAUUGGAUUCGGUGUUCCAAGGAACUGAAUCAAUGGGAAGCUCUCACGGAAUACGGCCAGUCCAAGGGUCACAUCAACCCGUACCUGGUUCUGGAGUGUGCCUGGCGUGUUUCCAACUGGACAGCCAUGAAGGAAGCCCUCGUACAGGUGGAGCUCAGUUGCCCCAAAGAGAUGGCAUGGAAAGUCAACAUGUAUCGGGGAUAUUUGGCCAUUUGCCACCCUGACGAGCAGCAGCUGAAUUUCAUCGAGCGCCUGGUGGAAAUGGCCAGCGGGUUGGCCAUCCGAGAGUGGCGAAGACUUCCCCAGGUGGUUUCUCACGUCCACACCCCACUUCUUCAGGCUGCCCAGCAGAUCAUUGAACUCCAAGAGGCCGCCCAAAUCAACGCAGGGUUGCAACCGGCCAACCUCGGGCGGAACAACAGCCUCCACGACAUGAAAACCGUGGUGAAGACCUGGAGGAACCGGCUGCCCAUCGUGUCAGACGACCUGUCUCACUGGAGCAGCAUUUUCAUGUGGCGGCAGCAUCAUUAUCAAGCCAUUGUAAGCGCCUACGAGAACAGCGCUCAACACGACCCAAGUUCGAACAACGCCAUGUUGGGCGUUCACGCCUCAGCCUCUGCCAUUAUCCAGUACGGCAAGAUUGCUCGGAAACAGGGCCUGGUCAACGUGGCCUUGGACAUCCUCAGCCGCAUUCACACCAUACCGACAGUGCCCAUUGUGGAUUGCUUCCAGAAGAUUCGACAGCAAGUCAAAUGCUACCUCCAGCUUGCUGGGGUGAUGGGCAAAAACGAAUGCAUGCAGGGCCUGGAGGUGAUCGAAUCCACAAACCUGAAGUAUUUCACCAAGGAAAUGACCGCUGAAUUCUACGCAUUGAAGGGGAUGUUUUUAGCACAGAUUAACAAGUCUGAAGAAGCCAACAAGGCUUUCUCAGCGGCGGUUCAGAUGCACGAUGUGCUAGUGAAGGCCUGGGCCAUGUGGGGGGAUUACCUGGAAAACAUCUUUGUCAAAGAGCGCCAGCUGCACCUCGGGGUCUCCGCCCUCACCUGCUACCUCCACGCCUGCCGGCACCAAAACGAAAGCAAAUCCAGGAAGUAUUUAGCCAAGGUCCUUUGGCUCCUGAGCUUUGAUGACGACAAGAAUACGCUGGCCGAUGCCGUGGACAAGUAUUGCAUUGGCGUCCCGCCCAUCCAGUGGCUGGCUUGGAUCCCCCAGCUCUUAACUUGCUUGGUUGGAUCAGAAGGAAAACUCCUCUUGAACCUCAUUAGCCAGGUGGGACGUGUCUACCCCCAAGCGGUUUACUUCCCCAUCCGGACCCUCUACUUGACAUUGAAGAUAGAACAACGGGAGCGCUACAAAAGCGAUUCCGGACAGCAGCAGCCGAGUUCCGUGGGAAGUCAGUCUCAUUCUGCGUCGGACCCCGGACCGAUCCGAGCGACGGCCCCCAUGUGGCGAUGCAGCCGUAUCAUGCACAUGCAACGGGAGUUGCACCCGACGCUCCUCUCGUCUCUGGAGGGGAUUGUGGAUCAGAUGGUCUGGUUCCGAGAAAAUUGGCACGAGGAGGUGCUCCGACAACUCCAGCAAGGCCUGGCCAAGUGCUACUCGGUGGCCUUUGAGAAGAGCGGGGCUGUUUCCGAUGCCAAAAUCACCCCCCACACCCUGAAUUUUGUCAAGAAGCUGGUCAGCACCUUCGGAGUGGGCCUGGAGAACGUCUCCAACGUCUCCACCAUGUUUUCCAGUGCGGCUUCCGAAUCCCUUGCCAGGAGGGCCCAGGCCACGGCUCAGGAUCCCGUCUUUCAGAAACUGAAGGGGCAAUUCACGACCGAUUUCGACUUUAGUGUGCCGGGCUCCAUGAAACUUCACAAUCUCAUUUCGAAACUGAAGAAGUGGAUCAAAAUCCUGGAGGCCAAAACCAAGCAGCUACCCAAAUUUUUUCUCAUUGAGGAAAAGUGCCGUUUUCUUAGCAAUUUCUCUGCCCAGACUGCAGACGUGGAAAUUCCAGGAGAAUUUCUUAUGCCCAAACCAACACACUACUACAUCAAAAUUGCCCGAUUUAUGCCCAGAGUAGAGAUAGUCCAGAAACACAACACAGCAGCCCGAAGACUCUACAUCCGAGGCCACAAUGGGAAGAUCUACCCCUACCUUGUCAUGAACGAUGCUUGCUUGACCGAGUCGCGUCGAGAGGAACGCGUCCUGCAGCUUCUCCGCCUCCUGAACCCUUGUUUAGAAAAGAGAAAAGAGACCACCAAGAGACACCUUUUCUUCACUGUUCCCCGCGUUGUGGCUGUCUCUCCCCAGAUGCGUCUUGUGGAGGACAAUCCGUCUUCUCUCUCCCUGGUGGAGAUCUACAAGCAACGCUGCGCCAAGAAAGGGAUUGAGCACGACAGCCCAAUUUCUCGCUACUACGACCGGCUGGCGACCGUCCAGGCACGAGGGACCCAGGCCAGCCAUCAGGUCCUCCGGGAUAUUCUGAAAGAAGUUCAGGGCAACAUGGUGCCACGCAGCAUGCUGAAGGAGUGGGCCCUUCACACCUUCCCCAACGCCACCGACUACUGGACCUUCCGGAAGAUGUUCACAAUCCAGCUGGCGCUGAUCGGGUUUGCGGAAUUCGUCUUCCAUUUGAACCGACUCAACCCGGAGAUGCUGCAGGUUGCUCAGGAUACAGGCAAAUUAAACGUGGCCUACUUCCGGUUUGACAUCAACGAUGCUACAGGGGAUCUGGACGCCAACCGUCCCGUCCCGUUCCGGCUCACCCCAAACAUUUCGGAAUUCCUGACCACCAUCGGGGUCUCUGGGCCCCUCACAGCAUCCAUGAUUGCUGUGGCUCGUUGUUUUGCUCAGCCAAACUUCAAGGUUGACGGCAUCCUGAAAACCGUGCUGCGCGAUGAAACCAUUGCUUGGCAUAAGAAAACCCAAGAGGACACAUCCUCCCCGCUCUCAGCAGCUGGGCAGCCAGAGAACAUGGACAGCCAGCAGCUGGUGUCGCUGGUUCAGAAAGCUGUGACUGCCAUCAUGACCCGGCUCCAUAACUUGGCUCAGUUCGAAGGCGGAGAGAGUAAAGUCAACACCUUGGUUGCGGCCGCUAAUAGCUUAGACAACCUCUGUCGCAUGGACCCAGCCUGGCAUCCGUGGCUGUAGAUGUGUCCUUAAGACUUGAAGGAUGGCAAGGCCAGUUGAGACAUGACAAGGUCCUUCACACCCAUCACGGAUGGUUCUUCAUCCAUCCUGGCCCUGAUGUUUCCAGCAUGAUCAUGUUUCCAUGAGUAGUUAUGUUUAUAGAUUCUUUCUUUAUCAUGCUGACAUCACUCCAGUCCAGUGGGGGGGGGGUCAUCUGAAGGACGAGAUUUGAACUUUGCACCUCGAUCAAUCUUUAUUUUACAUUGUGAGCAAGAAGAGGGAAGAUGCUGGCAAGAGUUGAGACUUGCCCAAGAGUUCUAGUCAAUUUUAUUUUAUUUUCAAAAAGAAUUAUCCCCACCUCGAGGAUCUUGAUGUGCAAAGAUUUUUUUCCCCGUUUUUUUAAAACUGUUUACUUUCCAGUCGAUACCAAGACAGGGGAAAGAUCAUUUUAAUCCAGGCAUUGUACAGCGGGGGUUUUUUUGUAAGAAAGAUGUACAGGAAAAAAUCCUUCUUUUUUGGGUUGGUGUUGUUAUUGUUUUGGUUGCUAGUUGGUAAAAAAAAAAGAAGAUCAAAUUGUGCUAUUUUAUUUUUUCCCUGCAGAGCUUUUUGCAGUGAAAGUGAACCCAUUUCUGAGUUGGCGAAUCCCUUAGGCCUAAGAGGAACUUUCUAAACCUGAAAUUGUUGUCCGUUAAAACAAGUAUUUGGAAGGAACCCAUUCGCGCAAAUCCCCAAACUUUUGAAUACCCCACGAUGUCUUUUGUUUUCCAGCUCCGACACAUUUUAAAUGUAUAUCCUUCAGUAACUUCCCUGAGGAGCUGGGUGGUUUUUUUUUUGUUUUGUUUAGUUUUAGCUGUGUAAUUUAAAAAGAAAAGAGAAAUUGUUUUUAUCGCAUCCAUCUUAGCCUUUUUUAUAUAUAUAAAACCGUACCGCAAUAUUGAGAAUGUUCCAGUUCAAAUUUGUAAGGAGUGAACUUUUUUCUUCGGAAUAAAUAUUUUCUAAAAUGCUA